CCCAAGAUAAAAAACAAAUCUGACAUAAUAGUUCCUCCCAAAUGGUCCAAGACUUUGAACUACUGGAGUUAAGAGUCUCUGAGCACUGGAUAAAAAAAUGCAAUUUAAAAAGGUUAAUAGUGGGAUGAAAUUAAUGAUCUUUCAUUUAAAUUAACCAAUUGAGUUGCAUUAUUUUAUUAUUUUACUCUGCCUAAUGCCAGAUUAUUUUACUCUGUUUAACACCAGACAAUUUUACUUGUCAAAGUGAGAGUGCUGGCACUCAAUGGGUUAAUGUUUAAUCAGUACAUGAACUUUAUAUUAUUUUUUCCUAAUGAGAAUCACCAGCCUCUGUGGAAAGAGAGUGAAUAAAAAUAGAAUUCUGGUUGCUGCUGUGUUUGUUUUUUUUUAAUCAGUUCUGGUACACCCCUAUUUGCACAAAUAUGACGAGCUGGUGACUCCAACAUAUACAUGCAUCUAUGUUUCUCUAUCUUACAUUCGUUCUUUUGUUCUUCCCUUUUGUCUUUUUCCUCUCGGAUAUUCAAUGAGAAAUAUCAGAAUGCCAGCAACUCUUAUGAAUGUCAAAGAAUGUAAUGACGAGACAAAGAAUACCGGUGAUCGUUUGCCCAUAAUUUUAGUAUGUUAGCAACAUAUUGCAGUUCAUUAGAAGCUUUAAUUAGUGGUUAAUUAUUAAUUAAUUUGUUAAUUAUUCUAUACCAGGAUAAUCAAGUAUAAUGUAUAAAGCAUAUUCUUUAAUAGUAAUUAUCGAGGUCAAUUAUUAAUUUGUUGGUUAAUAUAGACUUUGAAUUAAUAGGAUACACAGCAUAGAUUGCUAUCUGCCAUCUCUUAAAUUUGCCAAUCCAACUCAGAACUCCGCCAAUAAACACAACUACAAAAAAUACAAAACACGAUAUAUGCACGAAAUGAAUCGACCUUCGAAAAUCUUUGAACAUUUUAUACAGCCCUAUAUUAUAAAUCAACCGUCACUAUUGUACGUCAGUCAGUUCAAUUUCUUACCAAUGCUGCUUGCAACAGCUUGUUCGUUUGCCCACAUUGCCCAUUCAGUCUUUCCCAUUUUAUUUUGUACAAAAACACAACAGAAAUCUUUCAAACUCUUCUACAAACAAUUUAUACACUUUGACACUUCACCAACUUCCGGCCACUUUGUUUACCAAUGGACUUCUGCAUAAUGACGUCACAUGGCUUGAUGCCCGUGAGGAAUGCUGGUUUUGUUAGUAAAUUUCCCAUAGAAAUAUUUAAUAGACCAUGUCCUCUGGACCAUGUCUAUUAUUUCUAUGAAAUUUCCAGAGAAUUUCUAAAAACCAACGCAGAGCAAUUUCUGAGAAAUUUAGAAAAAAAUGUUUUCCAAGUGGCAGCUGCGGUAACGGCGUGGUUACCCAGCAUACAAUAUGGCCGACGAAGAUGGUGAAAUAACGCCAGAAGAAGAUUUAAUAUUACAGCGUCAAAAGAGAGAACGGAAAGAAUUACAAGGUAAUAGUGCUUAUAUUUGUAUAAUAACAGUAUUGGACUAACAGUAUAUGUAGAAAAAUGUUAAGUAUAGCUAUUUAAACGGUUGAAAAUUGAAAUUAAAAACUCAUUUUUGAGUACCCUGUUUCCAGAAUCCAGAGCCUCUGGACCAGACUCCAGAGGCAUUUUUGCGAGGCGAAAGAAACGAGAGACGAGAAGGAAGAGCCUCUGGUCACACGAGGGUCUUCGUGGAGGUUUUGUGUCAGCUAAAAUUUAAGCCAGUUGUCAGUGGUCAGUGCAAUAUAUUGCAAGCUGUCAGUAGUUACUAGUUAGUUACUGCAAAAUGCUGACUCAUCAUUUCUCAGUUGUCAGUCAAAAAUUCAGGCAAAUGUCAGUAUAGUCAGUUACCCCAUUCAGACCCUCUCACAUGCAUUGGUUGAAAAUCCCACUUCUACACUUGAUUAGGUUCAGAAUUUGAAUCUUGCACAUGAUUGGCCAUUUGUAAAAAUAUGUCAAACAGUCAAACCGGUUUGGGAAAUAAAUAUUACUGUAAGCUAAUUAUAGCUAUUUCCCAAACCGGUUCGACAUAUUUUUACAAAUGGCCAAUCACAUUGCGAGAUUCAAAUUCUGAACCUAAUUUGCAACCGAUCAUUCUCAUACCCAGAGCCCUUCUUACGUGCUGUGCGACGAGGGACUCUGGCCAAAUCCAUAUUCCGAACUGGCAUCUGAUUGGCUAGUUCUAACACUGGACAUUGUUUUCUUACCAUGUUUUUAUGGUAUCUGGUUAUGGAUUUGGCCAGAACCCCUCAUCACACCACGCGUAAGAAGGGCUCUGGGUACAAGAAUGGCAGCCACUGCUCUUUGUUCUAGCCUUUCGUUUCUUUCACCUCGCAAAGAUUUCGCCUCACAAAGAGCCUCUGGAACCAGGAUAAUUUUUAAGUGGUUUUCAGAUAAAUUUUAAUUUUGACUCAAAAUUUGACUUGGCAGAUUUUGAGUCAUAUUUUGACUCAGAAAAUUUUGAGACAUGCAUGUGAGGUUUAAUGCAAAUGCAAAUGCCACCACAGCUGGCAACAUGAAUGCAAAAGUUUUACUGGAAAUUUGCAAUCUCUGAGACUCUGGCCGAAAUUUUGAUUUGAAUUUAUAUCUUCCAGCAAAAGUUCAAUCAUUAAAACAUAGUGUACCAAAAGGUGAUAAAAAGAAGAAAAAAGAAAUCACUGCUGAAAUUGCUUUGCUUGAGGCCAAACUUGAGGAGAAACACAACAAAGAAAAUAAUGAAAGUGGUCAAAACUGUAAAAAGGUACGUAAAGAACUAAAUUAGAACUUUAUCAUAUCCAAUGAACUAAUGAAGAUAUAUCCCUGGUGUGUCCCUGACUGGAAAGUUUGGAAAUUGCAUGUCCGAGAUCACAAAAAUUUAAUAGUAAAUACAUUGGGAACAUCAAAACUGUGCACCUAAGACAAGCUUUUUUAUUAGUAUUUUAUUAGCAAAAGUGCUACACUCAUUGCUCACGUUCAUCUGCAUUGUCUUUGCCUCAUCCUAGGUAGAUAAUGAUGCUGGUUCAGAAUUACUACCACAAAUAAACAUUUUAGAUAUAAACGUACCAGAAGAGAAAAAGGUUACUAGAGCUCAAAAAAGACGGGUAAUUAUUAUGUGAGAAUUAUUAUGUGUAAAUUAUGUGAGAAGAAGUUAUCAGAUAAAUAUUGUUUUGUCUUCAUAGGAUAAGAAAGCUGCACAGGAAAAGGAGAGGCAAAAAAGAAUUGAAAAAGCUGAAGUGGAAAAUAUUCAUUCAGCAAGAAAUGUAGAACAAGAAAAAUUAAAAUCAACGUUGACUCCAAUGGGACUGAUUAUUAAAGAGGUCAUGAUAUGGUUUUUCAGAUAAAGGAUCAUAAUGUUUUCAAAAAGCAAAUCUAUUACACUGUAGUUAUAUGCAAGGGUAGAAGGAAUUAUGGAUAAAUUAUGAUAUAAUUUAAUGAUUAUUAACACAUUGAGCGCCAGCAGCACUCUCUCCUUGACAAGUAAAAUUAUCUGGUGUUAGACGGAGAAGAUAAUAAAGUUGGGUGCAUCCAGGCAUGAUGCAUGGGCAGAUAUAGUAUGAUUAAUUCAUCCAUUGAGCCGCAAUGUGCCCCAGUCCACCCUACUUUUUUUUUACUUGUCAAAGCCAUCUGGACAAUUUUACUCAUCAAUGGGGAAGCUAUGCAGCUUAAUGGGGUUAACCCUAGGUGGAAAUGCACCCUGAUGCACCCUACUUUAGUAUUUUACUCUGUCUAACACCAGGCGAUUUUACUCGUGAAGUGGAGAGCACUGCCACUCAAUGGGUUAAAUUAAUUAACCAAAAAAUCUGAAAAUGUCUCUAGUUAACCCAUUGAGCCGCAAUGCGCCACAGUGUGCCCUGCUUAUUUUUUUUUACUUUUCUAAUGCCAGACGAUUUUACUCGUCAAUGGGGAAGCUUAAUUAAUCCGUACUUUUGUAAACAAUCUUUUGUAGAAUUAACAUCACUUGAUUACUAAUAUCAUUGCUGUUGUACUUUUCUUGCAGGUUGCACCAGAUGGCCAUUGGUAUGUAUAAAUUAAGUGAAAUCAAUAUAAAAUUUAAACAAAUGUUACUGUAAGGACGUAAAUGUGAAUGUCAGUUGUUGUUGAAGUAUAGCCUUUAUAUUGAUAUAAUUUUCUUGUUUUUUUGGGGUUUUUUAUCAGCCUGUAUAAUGCCAUUGCUGAUCAGCUGCAAAGACAAAAUAUUCAGGUAUCAUAUUUUUUACAUAUAUCAAAGAAAAUUAAAUAUAUUAACCUAUUUUACUCAGUCUUAACACCAGACAAUUAUACUCAUCAAAGCUCUGUAGAUUAAAAAUACUGUAUCGCUAGCAUUAUGUUAUGAUGACUUAUUAUUUUGCCAUGUACUGUAGCACACUUACCAAAGUUUGCGAGAACUGGCAGCAAGAUACAUGUGUGACCAUCAAGUUGACUUUCUUCCUUUCUUGAUUGAUCAACAAACCGGAGACUGUUACACACCUGGUAAGUCAUCCUACAAUACUUGCAUGCAUUUGUUUUUCUUUUGAAAUUAAUUUCAACCAAGAUAUUAGCCUGGUAAUGCUGAAUGCAUAAUAUAUAUAUAUAUAUAUAUAUAUAUAUAUAUAUAUAUAUAUAUAUAUAUAUAUAUAUAUAUAUAAUAUGAAAAAUUGUGGUAGCUAGUUUUCAAAUUGGUCAAUGUUUCAUAAGUACACGUAACUGGUCGGGCUAGUACUGCUAGCGCUUCACGUUUUAGGUGUACUUUUCAUGAGCUAUACUUCGUCUCGAACAUCAGGCAAAACAUAUUAAAAAGUAUAAAUACUUAAAAUCAUUUGUUUAUCUCUUGCAGAGGCUUUUUCCCAGUAUUGUCAAGAACUCUGUGAAACUGCUGUCUGGGGUGGACAAUUAGAGGUUGGUUUAGAUUUUAUUAUAAUUACAAUAAUUACAUAAUAUACAAAAGAUCUGUGUACAUAAAUGCAUACCCAAUAUUUUCUUAUAAUUCAUCUAAUGUAAUUUUCAAAUCCAAUUGUCCAAUGACCCUAGAUUCAAGCAAUGUCAAGUGCUCUCCAAAUACCUGUAAGGAUUUUUCAAGCUGUUGGACCGACAAUAGAAAUUGGACAACAAUAUAAUAAUCAAGAAAUAUUAUUAUCGUAAGUAAAUUUAUGCUUGCUACAUGUACCUGUCACACUCUCGAUUGUGUAGCUUGCCAAGGCACUUGGUGGUACACUUUGGUUUUUAUAUAUAUGUUGCCCAAAAUACUCAUCAUCAGAAAGUUUGAUGUGGGUUGGGGCUCUUUAUGAAUUUUCAAAACAUUUCCUGUGGUCCCCCUUUGCUAAGCCUAGGGUACUCUGUGGUCCUCCCUUUCCAUUUGACCAAAAUUUUCAAAACAUGUUUUUAUCAGGUUUUCGACAAUUAUCAGAAAACCUUUACUUUCAUCAAAACAAUGAUUUCCAAGUCUUAAAGUCCUGGAGUGUAAGUCCCUUCAUUGGCCCUCCGAGUCAUUUUUCAAAAAUUUAAAUUGUGGCUCAAAAUGCUCUCAAAAUUGUCGAAUUCUUUGGUUAAAACAGUGAUUUAAUAACUUAAUCUUCCGUUGUACUUUGCAGUGUCAGAAUAAAUGUGAAACUAGUUUAUACUGUAGUCUAAGCUUAUGAUUUUGCUGUUUUAUAGAUUUCAUCAUCACGCGUAUGGUCUGGGGAAACAUUAUAACUCUGUGAUAAGAAUUGGCGAUGAACUAUAGAGAAAAUGCUGUAUAAAUUUUUUUCUCGUUUGCACGAGAGUUAUCAUGCAUGAACUUAUUUAUUUAUCAUACUAGGGUAUAGUUAGUUAUUCUUUUGAAAAUAUUUUAAUUUAUAAGAUUACCAUUAGAAACCUUUUAAAAUAUAGGAAAAAUUGAAACUUACCUAAAUAUUAAAAAAAAUAUUAAGAUUUUAUUAUAGGCUAACUGUAUAGUAUAAAUAUUUUGUAUUAUUUAGAUAACAUCGCACCAUUGUUUUACUUAGUUUUAUUUAACUUUUGUGUACUGUAUUUCAUCAUUUCAUGUAUUUUUUCCAUUUUUGAAAAAGGGGGGGGGGGGGAAAUGGGGGCCCAACCACUUAAUUAACUUUUUUUCAGUUUUAAAAAGACGCAAAAAAUAGCGGCAAAAAAUUCCUCCAACUCUGAACGUUGCCUGAGGCAACUUGCCUCACUCUUACGCCCGUAUUCUAAAAGCUCACUCACACUCAAUGAUGGAAGUUCAAUCUGAGUUUCUUUUGAGUGUCAAUGCUGUUUUUGAAUAGCUGGAGGGUUGAGUAGUCGCAUAGUAAGUACGACACUAACCCUCCAGCUAAUCAAAAACAGCAUUGACACUGCAGGGAAGCUCAGAUUGAACCUCCACUCAUUGAGUGUGAGUGAGCUUUUAGAAUACAGGCGUUAGAGUUGCUUCACCCUAAGAGUUGCCAAAAAGAGGUGAAAAAUUAAUGGGUUGGCCUUACUUUUUUCCAUUUUUACUCUUAGUCUUAGAAUGAAAAACGGCUAAAAUACAUGAACGAAAAGUUAAGGGGUUAGCCUUACUUUUUUGCUAAUUUACCCCCUUAAUUUUCCCAAUUUAUUUAUUUAUUGUUUUUUAUAGUUUAUUCAAAUUUAGUCAGCCUUACUUUAUGCCAUAUUUUGCCCCUCUUUCAAAAGUGAAAAAAGGGCUAAAAAUGGACGAAAAGUUAAGGGGUAAGCAAUAAUAUAGACCAUUUCUCAAUUAGGUUUCACACUGACCACAGACACUAACGUUUUUGAGUGCUGAUAACCACUGAAUCUCAACCUGAUGUUUAAUCACUAGCGUAAUUCGGAAACGGUCUAUUAGUUUUUGCUCUUAAUUAUUAAUUCAGGUCUCCACUGUACAUUGCUUGAUAAAAACUUAUUUUUAUACUUAGUUUGGUUUAAUUAUAUGUUAAUACAAUACUAUAUUAUAUUAAUAAAUACAUGAAACGAAGGCUUGAGUUCUGACUCCUGACGUAUUUUUUUAAUUAAAGAUGCGGUACAGUCCGUAUGUAAACAAAGGCUUUGUUUACAUUUCGGUAUCCAAAAUAUUGAAUUUUAUUCCACAAC